AUGGACCAAUCUCCGCGAGAGCCGCAUUAUGUGCGGGUGAGGGUUGCCAAUGCCUGCGACUCCUGCAAGGUCCGCAAAGUCAAAUGUGACGGCAACUUGCCUUGCAGCUAUUGCACUCGUCACAAGAGGGCAGAGUCAUGCCACUUCACCCCUCAGAAGCGACGCCGCUUGAACUCUGUGCCAUCCCCCUUGUCCGAGCAAGGGCAGCAGCAGCAGCAACAGUCCACACCCCGCGCUUCCGUGCAACCAUCCGUUCGGCCCGGAACAGCCAGCAGUAUUCAUCCCGCACCCGUGUCAACGCCGUCGCAUGCGGCUUCAUCAGCUUCGACGGCCGGGCAAGGUGGCCCAGCCAUCCGUGCUAGUUCCGCAGAGGAAGAAGCCGAAGUUCCUCGAGAUGCACGGCUCUUGUAUGAUGCCCAAGGAAAGCUGGUAUUCAUUGGUGAUUGCGCUCCCCUUUCUUUCUUCCAAACCGUGAGACAACUGGUCCUUUCUCGGAUUGAUCCCAAUGCCUUCGCUCAUCAUACCGGGCGGGUAUCCAUGCUACAAAAUGUGCAUCCGAGCCAAGCGGUGCCGACCAGUAACCAGGAGCCGUAUGUCGACAUUCAUGCUGUACCAUCCAUCGUAAAUAAGUAUCUAGUAGUCACAUCCGGUCUGGUUGACCUGUUUAACACCAGGCAUCUCGCAGACGAUAUCUCAGCAUGGGUACCCAACCGGGGCCAUGAUGUGUAUGCUGCUGUAAAUUAUCUGGUAUUGGCCGUUGGACUUCAGUCAGUUGAUGAUUCUCUGGCAUCCAGUUAUUUUGAGCACGCCAAAGUUCUCGCGCUGGCAACACUUGGAAGCGAGUUGAGUGUUGGAACUGUGCAGGCAUUUACUUUGAUUACACUGUAUAUGCUCAGAGCUUGUCAGAUCACGGGGGCUUUCUUGUUUUUUGGAAUUGCUGUUAGGGCGGUUUAUUCCAUUGGCGCUCAUCGAACCGAAGUGAACUCAAGGUUUGGACUUGAUAUUCACAAGCACAGGGAUCGAUUAUGGAAGACUGUCAGGAUCGUGGACCUUUUCUUGAGCAUUUCCAUGGGACGCCCGCCUGCUACGGCUGACGUCGACUGCACUGUGCCCUACCGCGAAAACGACAGCAAUGGCCACGAGAUCUUUGAUCUACUCAACUCCUCGGUUCAAGUGUUACUGAUCAUUGAAAGUAUCGUGAUUGAGGUCUUUUCCCGGAAGAAGAUAUCACUUCAAUUGACGGAGGGUAUCUCUCGACAGCUCCGCGGGUGGUCAAACCGUUGGUUGGCCGAGCUUAAACGCAUCGCCGGAGCUCCGCCUGGUCAGGAGGAUGAGGUGCGCAUCGUCGGCGCUUGCCAUGUUCUAUGCUCGUACUAUUAUGCCGUGAUGCUGGUGUCCAGGCCCUUUCUCAUGUAUGAGAUGGUUAAACGACUUCCAGAAAGCCCAUUAAGAUUCGAGACAACCCGCGACAGCGGUAGCACCGGUCGUUCCAAGCUAGCAAAUGCUUCUAUCGAUGCAGGCAGUCUGAUGAUUGAGUCAAUUUCCGAUCUGAUCCAUAUGGGUGUCUUAGAUGGAUGCAUGCCACUCAUCGUGUCGUGGUUGUUUGCGGCAUCUCUCGUUGUUGGUGUUGGCCUUCUGGGGGACUUUGGCCGAAUCUUGGAGAAAGAUGUUCAGAUGUCAAUAUCCGCCUUGGAGCACUUCGCCAAAUACGAUGCACACGCGUUGCAAUAUUCCUUAAUCAUCAGGUCUUUACACGCUAGUGCAACCGAGUAUCUGGGGCGAAAGGAGCGAUACGAAAGACUACAAAUUUCCGAGAGCUCUUCCCAAUUAUUCGGCUUGACGCCCCGCCAGCCACGCGAAACGUCUCAAGCCACGACCGGACAAAUUCAGGACAAUAGUUUCAAUUCUCCCGCUGCCAACCACAACCCAAUUGGCUCAGUUGAAGGAAUUGAUUCUCGCGAACUAGGCGCCUCGUUUUUUGAGGAUCUAGAUCCGUCCAUCUUUCCUUUCAUUCACUCUUCCUCACACACCCCCGAGUUGCCUGUUGUUAAUGGAAUAACACAAAACUCUGACCAGGUAUUUGGUGCGCUCAAUUUGUUUCCCCUAUUGGAAGAAGGCGGCCAUAUAGAUCUGGCGCACUAUCUGUGA